CCUACGACACACCUUAUCUUUGAUGAGGUCCUAUUACCCCCUCCAACUUGUUUUUUAAGUAAUAUACUACCCCUUGCGUGCCUACGUGGCAAAAAUAAUCUGCAAGGUCCAUUUGUUUGUUGAACACGCGCCGGGACCCACUUUUCACUUUUCGAUAAAGUGACUUUACACUUCCCUAGUCUGGCGUUUACUCUUUUCCAAAUUCAUUUUACCAAAAAAGUAGAUGAAGAUAGAGGGAAAGUGUUUGCAUGUGUGAUUUCAAAGCUAAGAAAUUAGAUUUCCAGUCAAAAUUUGAUUUUCGUUGUUGGAUUUUGGGAGUUAAUUUUUGGUUGCAGUGUGUGGAUCGAUUUCAAUCGUGACAGUGUGGGACGUGGGUCGAUUUCAUUCAGCAAGAAUCGUGACUGAGUUGAGUUCAAAGGUAUGAGUGGGUUUACAUUCAUUACUUUAAAGUUUUAUCAUGGUGGGGCCUUGUUGUAUGAAGGUGAUAAAGCAAGAUAUGUGGGUGGGUUAGUGAGUGAAUAUUAUGAUAUUGAUGUGGAUACAAUAUCAUACUUUGAGAUUAAGGACUAUAUUAAAGAACUAGGGUAUAGUCCAAAUUGUAAAUUUAGUGUCCGGCCACCUAAUAGUUGCAUUUUAGGAGAUAUUGACAAUGAUGAUAUUCUCUUAGCAAUGUGUAAUUGUUUGCAAAGUGGGUCUGUUUUGGAAGUAUAUGUCCACAUGCCUGGUGAGGAUUCUGGUGCAACUUUUAAUAAAUUUGGGACCACUGAGGCUAGUGGAUAUAAUCAAGUAGGUGAGGCUGCUUAUAAUGGGGUAGAUAUAACUAUAAAUACUACCUCAAAUAUUCCUUCUACUUCAAACCCAACAGCUCUAAAUAGUGAUCCAUCAGAUUCUGAAGAUAGUGAAUACUCUGUAAAAGUAUCUGAUGAGUCAACUGAAGAGAGUGAUGAUUCUGAAGAUAGUGAAAUACUUGAAGAUGAUCAAUAUGGAAGUGAUGUUCAUGAGGAGUUAAUUCAACUGAGGGCUGAGAAAAGAUCUUUUCUGAGGAGGAAAAAAAGAAGGGAAAAAAUUCCUGCAGAUACUGAAGAAGUAGCAUGUGGUAAUGCUGGAGCAGAUCUUGGGUUUGAUGAGACAGCUAUCAAUAGAUGUACUUUAGAAGGAAGGUUGGGGGGUGAUGAACCAUAUUAUGCAAGUUCUGAUGCUUGUAGUUUUGAAACUGACACAGAUGAUAGUUGUCUAGAGGAAGGUGAAAAAAUGAAGUUGAAACUGCCUAACACAAAAAGGAAAAAACAUACCAUAGAGAGAGUCAGAUUUGAUCCCAAUAUUAAGAAGAUUGUGUGGCAAUUGGGUAUGGUUUUUGAAAGUGUAAAAGAGUUUAGAUUGGCAGUCACUAAGUAUGCAAUUCAGAGAGGGGUUCAGAUUGAAAAGUGUGUGAAUGAGCCAAAUAGAGUAAGGGUGAGAUGUUGCAAGGUAAAUUGCAAAUGGUUGUUAUAUGCAAGUUUGGACAAGAAGACUAAUAACUUUGUUAUUAAGACUUACAUGCCAGUCCAUUCAUGUCAAAAGGCUACUAGGAAUUAUUUGUGCAACUCUAGAUUCAUUGCUACUGUUUUUAAAAAGAAAGUUAUUGAACAACCAAAUAUCAGAGUGUUCAAGCUGCAAGAGUUAAUCCGUAAGAAGUAUAAUGUGCAUGUUGGUAAGACCACAACUAGAAGAGCAAGAGCUAAAAUUUUGAAUGAACUUAUGGGUGAUCAUGUUAAGGAAUUUGGGAGAAUUCUUGAUUAUAAGGAUGAGUUGCUGAGGACUAAUCCUGGGAGUACUUGUGUGGUGAAGCUAGGAGAAGCUAAUGAAUCUGGUAGGCCAGUAUUUGAGGCAUUUUACAUUUGUUUUGCUGCACUCAAGAUGGCAUUUAUGUCAGCUAGAAAAUGCAUUGGUCUGGAUGGUUGUUUCUUGAAGGGGGUUUGCAGGGGUCAAUUACUUAUUGCAGUGGCUAAAGAUGGCAAUAAUCAAAUGCUUCCACUUGCUUGGGCUGUAGUUGAAAAUGAGAACACAAUCACUUGGAGUUGGUUUAUUUCUCUGUUGAAAGAAGACUUGAGAUUAGGAGAUGGAACAAGUUUCACAAUUAUGUCAGACAUGCAAAAGGGACUGGAUAUAGCUAUAAAGGAGUUGUUGCCAGCUUGUGAGGAAAGAAGGUGUGCUAGGCAUAUACUAGCAAAUUGGUCAAAGAAUUGGAGAGGGCUGCAAAGGAAGAAUCAGUUCUGGAAGUGUGCUAGAAGUACUUUUGAAGCUGAAUUUAGAGAAAAUCUGCACGAGUUGUCUAAAUUAGGUACUGGAGGUACAGGUAUAGUGGAUGACCUAAUUUACUAUGAUAAAGAAUAUUGGUGUAAGGUGUAUUUUAAUUGUGAAGUCAAGUCUGAUGCUAUAGAUAAUAAUAUGUGUGAAAGCUUUAAUGCUUGGAUUUUGUCUGCAAGGCAUAAAACCAUUAUUUCUAUGCUUGAAGAGAUAAGAAUUAAGGUCAUGAAUAGGUUAGCUAGGUUAAGUGAAUUUCCAAACUCUUGGAUAAGCAAUUUCUCUCCAAUGGCAAUGAAAGUACUAGAACAAAAUAUUGAUAAGUCAAUGGCAUGUAACAUUGAGUUUAAUGGAGUAACUGGCUAUGAGGUUUUGGAUGGAUACAAACAACACACUGUAUGUUUGAGAAAGAGGGAGUGUAGUUGUAGAUCUUGGAUGUUGAAGGGUAUACCAUGUGCACAUGCCUUAGCUGCAAUGUUGCAUAAACAAUAUGACCCACAUGAUUUCAUUCAUCCAUGCUACUCUAAAGAGAGGUACUUGAUGACUUACUCACAUUUCAUACAACCUAUGAAUAACAUGCCAAUGUGGCCAGAAUCAAAAAAUCCUCUUGUUGAUCCACCAGUGAUAAAACAAAUGCCAGGCAGACCUAGAAAGUUGAGAAGGAAAGAGGUUGGUGAAAAGAAGGUGUCUGGUAAAUUAUCUAAAACAGGACUAACUAUGACAUGUAGUCUUUGCCAUGUUAAAGGUCACAAUAAAAGAAGUUGUCAUUUACGAAGGAGUGAUGGAGUUGGUUCUACUGCCGGGGAACAGAGAGCUACCCCUACUUCAAAUGUUGAAGAACCAUCAAGUUCAAAAAAAGGAAGGGGAAGACCAAAGAAAUCAACAAAUAUUGAGAGUGAGCCUGUUGCCAAAAGGGGGAGAGGCAGACCUAAAAACACAAGUGCAAAUGCAAGUGCAACAGGGGAUUCACCUACAAUUAUUGCACCUCCAACAACUUCAAGAACAACAAGAGCUAGAGCAAGUGCAAGUGCAUCAAGGGCCUCUCCUAGAACCACUGCACCUCCUACAACUUCAAGAACACCAACACAUGAAGAAUGUGCAAGUGUAAAUGGUGUUGGAGUAUUAUCAAGAUCCAGGAGUGGUAGAGGAAGGGGUAGGGGAUUGGGAAGUGCAGGAAGAGGUAGUAAUCAUCCACUUGAAAAUUGGUUUACAUGUUCUCAAGGUAGUACAACACAGGGUGUAGACCAGAACACAAAUGUUGCACCAAAGGAAACUGCUACUACCAGGAAAGGAAAGGGUGUUGAAAACACAACUCAAUUUAAAAGGCCAAGAGUCACUGGUAUGGGUGUGUUUCAAGCUAAAAAUGGUUUCAAAACUUUCAAUCCUGGACUGCCAAGUAGCACAAUAUUAGCCGGACCAAAGAGAGUUUUGAGAUCAAGUAUUGUAACUGGGGAUGUUGGUUUCAAACCGACAAGCGGAUUGAAGUGGAAAGGAAAUCAGGCAAUCACAACUAGAAGGCUCCAGCAGAUUAGAGAUCAAUCAAGGCUUUCAAACCCAAAUGCUUCCUCCUCUUCACAAGCUCAACACCCAUGGAAACUAUAAUGUUGAUAUCAAUGGUGUUUUAUCAGUACUUUGUUGGUGGCCACUAUAAGUACUAUUUUGUUUCAUGUUUGAAGGAAAACUAAAUAUUCCUAUUUUUUGUUAUAGUACUGAAAUUACGGGUACUUAUGCAAUGUGAAAACUUUGUUUUGCGUA